UCUCUUUAAAGAAGCUUUUUCUGCAACAGCUGAGCAACACUCUGGCUCACGUCUUCCUUACUCAUGGAGGGAAGAGGAGAGGGAGUCCUGGGCUAGCUGACUGCGAAAGGGGAAAGCUACGAAGACACGCAAACACACACACACACACACAGCCAUGGCUUUGGGAUCAGUGGCCCGGAGGUUGGCAGUAUUGGCACUGCUAGCCUUGGCAGUGCCACUGGGUUAUGGGUGCCCAGAUACCUGCAGAUGCUCCACUACUUCGGUGCAGUGUUUUGAGCCUGACACCAUCAGCAGUGUCCCGGCUCUCUCUCUGAACAGCAGCGAGAAUAUCACAGAUAUUUACAUCGAAAACCAGACCGACCUGGUGAAUUUAACAGCAUUGGAGCUGAAGAACUACGGAGAGCUGAGAAACUUGACCGUUACUCUGUGUGGGCUGUCGUACAUCGCGGGGAGCGCCUUCAAACACAACCCCAAGCUUCAAUACAUCAACCUGGCUUCCAAUUCCCUGGAUCACAUCUCCUGGAGAGUAUUUCACCAGCUGCCUCUCACUGGCCUUGUUCUGAGGGACAACCCCCUCCAAUGCUCCUGCGACAUUCAUUGGCUGCAGCUCUGGCUGCUGAGUGGGCGGGCCGACCUACAAACCCAAUCACUGAGCUGCAACGCCCAAGACCAGCAAAUCCCAUUGGAUGCGAUGAUACUGGAGAACUGCAGCGUUCCCGAGGUCUAUAUCGAUCACUCGGACCUCACAGUGAAGGUGGGGGCCAACAUGACCUUCUCCUGUCGUGUGAUUGGGACCCCGACACCCACCGCUUACUGGAACACACAGGAGCUGCACUCUGACUUCAUCAUUGAGACAAGAGGCAGUGAUCUGGAGCUGGAGGUGGUUCUUAAAAUCAAUAACGUUUCCUCCGAAGACAACCGUCUGAACCUGACCUGCGAAGCCCAGAACCGGGCCGGACCCAGCGAGGAGUCGGUACCGCUCGACAUCCUCUUCCCCCCGAAGAUCCUGGAGCUGGGCAACGCCGUGCCUCAGCAUCACUGGUGCUUCCCCUUCUCUGUGGAUGGGAACCCCACCCCCAACAUCAGCUGGCUCUACAACGGCUCCGAGCUGCAGGAGUCCAUGUACAUCUUCACCCAGGUGAUCAGAGACGAGAGCGACGGCUCCAAGACCCACGGCUGCCUGGCCUUCAACAAGCCCACCCACCUCAACAACGGCAACUACACCCUCGUCGUCAACAACAGCCUGGGCGGCGCCGCGGCAACCGCCUGCGGAAUGUUCAUGGACAACCCCUUCGACAACCCCGAGGGCCUCAUUCCAGUCAUCCUUCUGGAGGAUCUCAAUCCUACAAGCAAAGCAUCGGAAAGUGUGACUGAAAACUUGGAACACAAAAACUUUGGGGUUGCAGUGGCUGUGGGGCUGGCUGUGUUCGUCUGCACUUUCCUCAUCGUUAUGCUGGUGAUUAUCAACAAGUGUGGCCGGCAAUCCAAGUUCGGGAUCUCCCGUGAGUGUGGCGCUAUACUGGGAACAGAAGAGGACCUGGCCGUCUCUCUCCACUUCAUGAAUUUCGGGGUCAGUCCCCCCUCCUCUGCAGAGGCAGCCCUGGGCGGGGUGGUGUCCAGCUUCAUAGAGAACCCCCAGUAUUUCAGCGGCAUCAUCAAAGACAAGGACAUGUGUGUGCAGCACAUAAAGCGACGGGACAUCGUGCUGAAGUGGGAGCUGGGAGAGGGAGCCUUCGGCAAAGUGUACCUGGCAGAGUGCACCAACCUGAGCAGCGAGCAGGACAAGAUACUGGUGGCAGUGAAGACCCUGAAGGACGCGGCCUGUGAGUCGACGCGUCAGGAUUUCCAGCGGGAGGCGGAGCUGCUGACCGUCCUGCAGCACGAGCACAUCGUGCGUUUCUACGGCGUGUGCACCGACGGGGACCCCCUCGUCAUGAUCUUCGAGUACAUGAGACACGGAGACCUGAACCGCUUCCUGAGAGCUCAUGGCCCGGACGCUCGGAUCCUGGAUGAAGGAAAGACCCCCUUGCUUGGCCAGCUGACCGUGCCCCACAUGCUGCAGAUCGCCGGUCAGAUCGCCUCAGGGAUGGUUUACCUGGCCUCUCUCCACUUUGUGCACCGAGACCUGGCCACACGAAACUGCCUGGUCGGGGAGGAGCUGGUGGUGAAGAUUGGGGAUUUCGGCAUGUCCCGGGACAUUUACAGCACCGAUUACUACAGGGUCGGAGGUCGCACCAUGCUUCCCAUUCGCUGGAUGCCCCCGGAGAGCAUCAUGUACAGGAAGUUCACCACGGAGAGCGACAUCUGGAGCUUCGGAGUGGUACUGUGGGAGAUUUUCACCUGCGGAAAACAGCCGUGGUACCAGCUCUCCAACAACGAGGCGAUUGAAUGCAUCACACAGGGCAGGGAGCUGGAGAGACCCCGAACCUGCCCCCAAGAGAUCUACUUCAUCAUGCAGGGCUGCUGGCAGAGAGAGCCCCAACAAAGACUGACCAUCAAGGAGAUCCACAACCGGCUCACCACGCUGGUCAAGAGCCCCCCAGUGUACCUGGACAUCCUGCAGUAACUGGACAACUGGACUCAAGCUACCCACCCAUGAAACCCCCCUCGAAUCCAGGAGGUGUACUGGACUGCCCCCUUGGCCCCACACCUUUUUAUUCCCCCCGUUUCCACCAAUCACGCAGGGCGGAAUGUUCGCGUCAGCCAAUGGUGGUCAGAGCUCAGCCCGUGCUUCAUCUUCGCUGUUCCAUGCUUGUCUUCAAUGGCUCCGGUUUGGUGUUCGCCCCCCUGUGUCUAAAACCCUCUCAGCGACCCCUGCUAGGCAAUCAGUUAAAGAUAUGGACAUGGGCUUUGGCAGGACAGUGAACGACGCUGGUAUUGACGAGACAACAGAGACUGCAUUGCCUUGUGUGUGUGUGUGUGUGUGUGUGUGUGUGUGUGUGUAUGUGUAUACACACCAGUGUGCGCGUGUAUUUGAACACCCCCCAUUGCUUCUGUAGUUCUGAUUUGCUGUGCGUCUGAAAUCAAACCACUGGGACUGAAAAUCUUGGACAUUUUUUAAUAUAGGUAAAUUAGCAGCGAUUGUCUAAUUGAAUUGAUGCCUUUAAUAGGCCACCCAUGCAAUUCAUUUAAAACAGUAAAGAGAAAAGGAACACAGAGCCACACACGGUAAAACGCAGGAGACUUUUUGAAAUGUAUUUUUGUUUGCGACUGUAAGUCGCCCUGGAUAAGGGCGUCUGCUAAGAAAUAAAUAAUAAUAAUAAUAAGAAUAAUAAUAAUAAUAAUAAUAAUAAUAAUAAUAAUAAGAAUAAUAAUAAUAAUAGAAGUGGUUUAAGACGCCUGAUUAAAGCACAGAGCGGUCUGACAUUUUCACACACGAGUGUGUUUCUAUAUCCCUGAUUACUGAGCGGAGAUUGAAAUUCUCACAUGUUUUCAUGCAGGCGGGUAGAUAAAGGAUAUCAAUGACACAUCUGGAGGUAUUCGGAUACAUUUGCACACGGCUGUGUAAUAAAUGGGUUGAGACAAGCAGCUGAGAUCAGCCUUGAGAAUUCGAUCAGUCCUGAAUCAUACCUCUCCCGCGGGACACCUUGACCACAGCCCGUCCGGGUAGGACCAGUCACGAGGGGCAGGAGGCAAUGCCCUCCCCACCUAACCCCCUUACCUAGAUGGGAGACCGGGAGUGUAGGGAGCAAAAGACAACAGCGACACCCAGUGGUAGAAACAGGUAAGGUUAAAAAAAUAAAUAACAGGAUCAGUAAGAAGCGUGUGUGAAGUGGGCAGCAGAAUGCUGUGCUAUUCGAAGUGUCGUGUUAAAAUAAGCUGUAUUCCUUUCUCUUGUCCUCUUUGUGUCCUCUCUCCCACCCCCCCUUGUUUAAAUAUGAAAUAAAUAUAUUUAUUUAUCAUGUGCUACAGAAAAAGAAACCUUAAAAGACGCGUCAGUGUGUGUGUAAAUGCUCUGCCUUUGAUUCUUGGAACAGACAUGUUGAAAUAAAAAAUAAAUAAUAAUAAUAAUAAUAAAAACGAUAACAUUCCAGCUUUUUAUUUCUAUUUUAUAUAUCUUCUUAAUUUUGAAACUGGAGACUGUCAAUUCCUGGUUUUCAAUUCCAAUUCCUUUUUAAAAUCAAUUCCAAAUUCCAAAUUCCAAAUUCCAAAUUCCAAAUUCCAAAUUCCUUCGACAUGUCAAGAGACCCAUAAAUAAUGAAUUGUUGAAUUCCUUCAAUUGAAGCCCAAUUGAACUGCCCUGCAGCCUCUUCAAAUCUCUUAGAAUUGCAGUCUUUGUUACUGUCGGCGAUUAUCAAUCAAGUAUAAAUAAGACUCGGAAUGAUUCGUAAUUGAAACUUAACCACAUUACAUGUAUUUCAUUGCAAAGCACAAACGUGCAUGUAUUGAAGGAGGCUGUGUGGUCCAGUGGUUAAAGAAACGGGCUUGUAACCAGGAGGUCCCCGGUUCAAAUCCCACCUCAGCCACUAACUCAUUGUGUGAUCCUGAGCAAGUCACUUAACCUCCUUGUGCUCCGUCUUUCGGGUGAGACGUAGUUGUAAGUGACUCUGCAGCUGAUGCAUAGUUCACACACCCUAGUCUCUGUAAGUCGCCUUGGAGAAAGGCGUCUGCUAAAUAAACACAUAAUGUAUUGGAUUUCCUGUUCCACUUAGUUAUGGAAGGCGAUCACUCACAUUAAACAGCAGAUUUCAGAUAAA